AAACACAAUACUAAUUUCAUAUUUCAUAUCAUUCUUCAAACUUUGACCCUCAAAACAAUGGUGCUGUCUAAUUACCAUCAUGCCACUGCAUUUGUGGUUCUGUUACUGUGUGGCGCGGCGAGUGCAGCGCUGGUAGAGCAGCAACCACUGGUUCUAAAAUACCACAACGGUGAACUCCUCAAAGGGAGGAUCACCGUUAAUCUCUUCUGGUACGGGAGCUUCACUCCAAUCCAACGCUCCAUAAUCGUUGAUUUCAUCAACUCACUCACCACCACCCCAGGGGCCCCACUUCCCUCCGUAGCCUCAUGGUGGAAAACCACCGAGAAUUACAAGCUAGGAUCAGGAUCCUCUGCACUCGUCGUAGGGAAGCAAACCAUACACCCUAGCUAUACCCUCGGGAAGAGUCUCCAACAAACUCACCUUGUAUCACUCGCUUCCACCUUCAACGACCUCGCCGCCAUCAACGUCAUCCUCACCGCCAAGGACGUCGCCGUCGAUGGCUUCUGCCGGAGCCGCUGCGGGACUCACGGGUCAGCCCGACCCGUGAAAGGAAACACCCGUACCGCUUACGUCUGGGUUGGAAACUCUGAGACUCAGUGCCCGGGGCAAUGCGCGUGGCCGUUUCAUCAGCCUAUUUACGGCCCGCAGACGCCGCCGCUGGUGGCGCCCAACGGCGAUGUCGGUGUGGACGGGAUGAUCAUCAACUUGGCAACCUUGCUUGCUGGUACCGUCACGAAUCCGUUCAAUAAUGGAUACUUUCAGGGUCCGGCGACGGCGCCGUUGGAGGCGGUUUCAGCUUGUACUGGUGUUUUCGGGAGCGGGUCGUAUCCGGGUUACCCGGGUCAGGUUUUGGUGGAGAAGAGUACAGGGGCGAGUUACAAUGCGCAUGGGGUGAACGGGAGGAAGUACCUGUUGCCGGCGAUGUGGGACCCGAAGACUUCAGCGUGUAGGACGCUGGUGUGAAUGUGAAGACGAUGGAUGAAGGUUGCUGAAGCUGCUUUUGUCGUUUUGUUUGACGUGUAAAUUAUGUUUCUGUUAAAUUAAAGUUAAAGAAUGCUUAUUAUAUGGAAAGAAAAUUAUGUAAUAAGAGAAGAAACAAUGGUGUAUUUAUUUGUAUAAUGUAUGUAUGUUCAUUUUUCUAAAUUUAAAAAUGAAGAGUUGAGUUCA